AUGGCCCGUGUCGCUGUCCUGAUCGCUCUUCUGGCUAGUCUGGUCCUUUCUAACGCCCAACAUGAGCCAGGCUACUGUGCCUUCUAUGAGGAGUGUGGUCGCAACCCCUCAGUGGGAGAAACCCUAAUUGAUCCUAUGGUCCCCUGUCUCAACUACAGCCCUGCCCGCGCACUCCAAGGAUUACACUACCAAAGGCUCAAAGAGGUGUGCCCCAUGCUGGACCGUGGAGAGAAAAACACUUACGCUUGCUGCUCACGCAGUCAGCUUGAUGCCCUGGAAGACAGUUUGACCAUGUCCAAGGCUGUGCUGAUCCGCUGCCCCUCCUGUGCUGAAAACUUUGCCCACCUGCACUGCAUUAACACCUGCAGCCCAAACCAGAGCCAAACAGUGCGCGUCACAAAGACCAUGAAUGUCACUCACGAGGGAAAAGUCAGGGAGGCUGUUGUUGCUUACCAGGCGUUCAUGUCCACCACCUUUGCUGAUGCCGCGUUCCAGUCCUGCAAGAACGUCAGGAUCCCUGCCACAGGGGGGUUUGCCAUCGGCACUAUGUGCGGCCGCUAUGGUGCCAAGCUAUGUACCCCACAGCGCUGGUAUGAUUUCCAGGGAGAUUCCAGCAAUGGCUUGGCUCCUCUAGAUAUUGAUUUCAGGCUGAUACCAGAGGGAGUCACUGAGGGACUUCCCAAAGGUGUGGUUCCGUACAAUGGGAAGGCUUUGAAGUGUAAUGAGACCACACCAUCUGGAGGAUUGGUCUGCUCGUGCCAGGACUGCCAGCAGUCAUGCCCGGUGAUGCCCCCUCCUCCACUGCCCGCCGAACCCUUCAGACUGAUGGGGACAGAUGGCUUCCUGGUGAUUUCUAUCAUCUUACUGUGCUUUUUUCUAUUUGCCUUUGUGCUCUACCUGUCUGUGUGUUGCUGGAUGAAGAUUCAGGAAAAGAAAGAUGAAGCGAAAGGAAAGGGAAGGGGGAAAGGCAAGGACCAAAACGGGAACAAUGUGACUCAGCAACUCAUUGAUCCCUCUGAGGUGACACGUAUUGAGAAGACAAGCCUUGCUGCUCAGGAGUUCCUGAGCUCUCUGUUUCGGGCCUGGGGAACUCUCAUAGCCUCACAUCCCUUCAAGGUGCUGCUGCUGGCGGCCAUACCUGUACUUAUCUUAGCUAUUGGCCUUAUGCAUAUUGAGCUUACCACUGACCCAGUUCAGCUGUGGUCGGCCCCCAGCAGCCGGGCCCGCAGGGAGAAGGACUUCCACGACAAAUACUUUGAUCCAUUCUUCAGGACUAACCAGCUGAUCUUGACAGCACCAGGCAGGACAGGUCACACCUACGACUCUUUGCUGUUUGGACAGCAGAACUUCAGUGGCAUUAUCUCCAAAGAUCUCAUCAUUGAGCUGCUGGAGCUCCAGACACGGAUACAGAACAUAAAGUUCUGGUCUGAGGAUUUGAACCGCAAUGCCAGUCUGAAGGAUGUGUGUUUUGCCCCGCUAAACCCAUCCGAUCCCUCGCUGACGGACUGUGCAGUCAACAGCCUGCCCCAGUACUUCCAGAACAGCCUGGCCAACCUCAAUGCUAAGGUCAACAUGACAAAGUUAGGACAGACCAAAGAGGUGGACUGGAGAGACCACUUCAUCUACUGUGUCAACUCACCCUUGUCAUUCAAAGACAUCACUGAUUUAGGUCUGAGCUGCAUGGCCGACUACGGAGCUCCAGUUUUCCCCUUUCUCGCUGUGGGAGGCUAUGACAAUGAGGACUACACCAAUGCAGAGGCUCUCAUCCUGACCUUCUCCCUGAACAACUAUGAUCGCAGGGAUGCGAGGUUCAAAGUGGCUCUGCAGUGGGAGAACGAGUUUCUGAAAAUCGUCCAAGAGUACCAGAGAGAUCCCAACACCAACUUCACCUUUGCAUACAUGGCAGAGAGGUCUCUGGAGGAUGAGAUUAACAGGACAACAGCGGAGGAUAUCCCCAUCUUCAUGAUCAGCUAUGCUGUGGUCUUUGUUUACAUCGCUGUGGCACUGGGAGAGUAUUCUUCCUGGAAACGUAUUCUGGUGGACUCCAAGUUCCUGGUGGGUUUGGGUGGCAUCCUGGUGGUCGGGUGGUCUGUCCUGGCCUCCAUGGGCUUCUACGCCUGGAUCGGCAUCCCCUCCUCUUUGGUCAUUCUCCAGGUCGUCCCUUUCCUGGUGCUCGCUGUUGGAGCAGACAACAUCUUCAUUUUUGUGCUGGAGUACCAGAGAGACGUACGGCGGCCUGGUGAGAAAAGAGAAGAGCAGAUUGGCCGUGUCCUUGGAAAUGUGGCUCCCAGCAUGCUCCUGUGCAGUGUCUCAGAAUCUGUCUGUUUCUUCCUUGGGGGUCUGUCCACCAUGCCAGCGGUGAAGUCAUUUGCUCUGUACGCUGCUCUGGCUGUGCUCAUGGACUUCAUGCUCCAGAUGACAGCCUUUGUGGCAUUGCUGUCCCUGGACGCUCGGCGACAAGACAACAACCGCUGUGAGCUCGUCUGCUGUGUCACUGUGUCCAGUCAGCGUCCCAACAAACCCAACGAGGGCUUCCUGCUACCCCUCAUGAGGAAGUACUACGCCCCUGUUUUAUUGCACCCAGUCUCCAGGAUAGUGGUGAUGGUGGUAUUCAUCUUUAUGCUUUGUGGUUCCUUGUUCCUGAUGUUUCAUGUGACCGUGGGUCUGGAUCAGGAGCUGGCUAUGCCACAGGACUCCUAUAUGUUGGAGUAUUUCAAAUACCUGUACAAAUACUUCGAGGUGGGAGUCCCGACUUAUUUUGUCACAACAAAGGGUUUCAACUUCACGACAGUAGAAGGCAUGAACGGAGUCUGCUCCAGCGUGGGUUGUGAUCAGUUCUCGCUCACCCAGAAGAUCCAGUACGCCACCGAGUACCCUGAACUAUCCUAUUUGGCUAUUCCUGCCAACUCCUGGGUGGAUGAUUUCAUUGACUGGCUGAACCCAGGAUCCAAAUGUUGUCGUCUGUACACCCUCGGUCCUAAUGCUGGACAGUUCUGCCCUGCAGACAAAUCUCCUUUUCUUUGUGGGCGGAAGUGCAUGAAAACUCCAUCUAACGGUGUCCUCAGACCAAGUGUGGAACAAUUCAAUCGUUUCCUCCCUGACUUCCUGGGUAACAGGCCUGACCUGCAGUGCCCCAAAGGUGGUCUUGGAGCCUAUGACAAGGCUGUGGUAAGGGAUGACAGUGGUGAAAUUAUAGCCUCUCGGUUCAUGGCUUACCACACGCCUCUGACCAACUCUAAGGAGUUCACUGCAGCGUUGCAGAAAGCCAGAGAGUUGGCGCACAACAUCACCAUCGGCAUGAGGAAGAUACCAGGCACCUCACCCGACUUUGAGGUCUUUCCCUACACGGUGACGUAUGUAUUUUAUGAGCAGUACCUGACCAUUGUGCCAGAGGGACUUUUCAACAUCUCAUUGUGCCUCCUGCCAACCUUUGUGGUGUGCUGUCUGCUGCUGGGCAUGGACGUGAUCUCCGGCCUGCUCAACCUCCUCACCAUCGUCAUGAUCGUCGUGGAUACCGUCGGCGUCAUGACACUAUGGGGCAUAGACUACAAUGCAGUGGCCCUCAUCAAUCUGGUUACAGCGGUGGGCAUAUCUGUUGAGUUUGUGUCCCAUCUGACGAGAUCCUUCGCCCUCAGCACUAAGCCCACACAUGUGGAAAGAGCUAUGGAGGCUACUGCUAACAUGGGCAGUGCGGUGUUUGCUGGUGUUGCCAUGACCAACCUCCCAGGCAUCAUCGUGCUGGCGUUUGCCAAAGCCCAGCUCAUCCAGAUCUUCUUCUUCCGAUUAAACCUGGUCAUCACACUGCUGGGCAUGGCUCACGGGCUCAUCUUCCUGCCUGUGCUGCUUAGCUACUUUGGUCCUGGUGUGAAUAAAGCUGUGCUGCUGCAGCUUCAGCAGGCCAAGGCAAAGGCCAGCCAGGAGCUGGAGCUGAGUAACAGCACCAGAAAAGCCUAUUAUGACAACUUGAGCUACGAAGAUAACGAGAGGAGACAGGAACUGGACUCUGCCUCCACAACAUCCCCCACAGGCGCCUGCAGACCUUCAGAAAAUAUGGCAAAACAACACAUGGAGAAAGAAGAGAGAAUUGACCGUUUCUGA